GAAAAACCUGGUGAGCCUACAGACAUCGACACACUAAAAAGAGCCAUUGCAACCCAACUUGUGGCCUUGUACAAAAUAUUUUUUGAAGACAACCCAGGUGUCCAAACACAUCCAGGGAGAAAAAUAUACAACAGUGUAGCUCAACAGGUUAAAAUAAAAUUUGGCAAGGCUGUUCAAGACACCAUUUUGGGGCGUGUUGUGGGAGACGGCAUGUCCAGUUUUGUAAGAAACUUUGAAAAUAGCGUUGACAAUAAAAUGCGCAAGUACUGCAGAGAGAAAAGCUCCAGAAAAGUGGUAAAGGGCCGUGGCACAGUGGGUGUGCUCAUUGAUAAAUAUCAGCCAACUGUGAGAAACACACAAGAGCAAGAGGGCAUUAAGGAAAGCAUGAAAAAUGAGCAUGGAGCUGACCCAACUGUUUGGGAUUGGGAUGCCAUCCACAAACAACUUACGGAGUCAUUUCCAUUGCAGCGACAGGAAAUUGUUGAUGCGAAGGAUGGUCUACUAGAACCACAACAAGCAGAUGCUGAGGAAGCUGAUGAACCGCCUGAAAAAAUGAUGGAGAAACUGAAGAAAAGUUGGCCAUUCCUUUUCACCAUGAAUGGUAUUGAGGUCCACUACAAGAUUUUAAGUGGAAGAGACUUAUCUCGUGAAGUGACUGCACACAUCACAAAUAAGUUGGACAUUGUAAUAAUGUACUUGACAACAUUGUCUCAUGCCAACAUCCAAAACUUGGCGCUGAAGAUGAGAGUGGAGCAAAUUGGCCAGUUUCACGAUACCAAUGUUAAUUUUUGUUGUGCAUUGUGAUGUUGGCUUGCCAUUUCAAAGAAAAUACUAGAAAGCUCUUCGUGCAAGUUGAGAAAACAGCACAUCCAUUAGCAUUUGAAUUCAAUGUUCUGGAAGAUCUGAAGGGGCUGUGUAUUGUUGCACUAGGUGAGUACCGAGCUGCACUGGUAACA